GGAACGGCGUGCCAGUGGGAAUGCUAAGAGUGCAACACCGAGGAAGCUGCGCUGGCGAAUCAGCGUGGGGCCUUAGUAACAUUCGCUUCCGGUGUUACACUCUAAAACGUCCGGCUCAACAGGGAUUUCGGGACAGGACGAGCUUCGGGAAGUCCAGAGGCGGAGCGACAGUAGAAAUGGCGUCUCCGGCGCGGAGUAACCACGUGUGGGUGGGGUCCGAGACGGGCAUCCUGAAAGGUAAUGGAGGGUCCGGGGCUCGACCGCUACUUGGGGUGAGAUGUCUAUUAUUCAGCGACGCUGGGGAAACGGAGAGCCUUGUGUGGCUUUCGGGGAAAUAAAUGAGGAGGAAGUGUGGGUAGAUGCUGUUCCUAGUGGCAGGAGGGGGUGGCGUUGCCCGCAUCCUUACAACAAAUUAUGGUGCUUUGGGCUUCUGAGCAUGUACAGAGUGCCUCUCCCCUUUCUGAGACAUGUUUUGAAGGAAGUACAUUAUAGGUAUUACAUGUGAAAGAAGGGGAGGUGAUGGGGAAGAGAGGAUGGUUUAUGGGUGGGGAGCGUAUAUGUGUAGACAAUGAAUGCUUGUUUGGAGGGCGGAAAAAGUGGGAUAGGCAAAUGAACAGAAGAGGCUAGGCUAUUUAGUAGGCAUUAGCCAUAGUGGCUCAGUGGAACCUCCAGCUCUAGAGGGAGUAUACCUCGGAAUUUGCUGAGGACAAGCGACAGGAGAUGGCAGUUGUCUUCAUGCCCUGCUUGUGAACUUUGUGGAGGCAUCAAGGUUUGCCAGUGUUGAAACUGUGAUCCUGGAAUAGGUGCACUGUUGGUUAGGUCCAGCCCAGUUCAUGGUAUGCUCUUAAUGGGGAGGGGGAGAUAGGGGCACUGUGGAUAAGGUCUCUAGACACAAAGGCCAGAGGAGAUAUAGAGUGAGGCUUAUGGGGGAGGGGAAUGCAGCAACAGGCUUUUACAUAAAUACCCAUCACUUACCAGUCUAGUAGCUGGAUGCUGUUGCUGUGCCUUUAAAAGGGGCUUGAUCAGCUAAGUCUUGUAAAGUGGGGAUUCCUUUAAAUAAUUAUUGGCUGGGACUGGUAGGAGUUGUAGUUAAGCAACAUUAAAGGGCCAUAGGUUAGUCACCUCUGGUGUAGAUCAAGUCCAUGUUAAAGGUUACAGUGGCAGGAAUGGUUGAGAAGUUGCCAAACCUGCGUCGUAAGACUUAGCAGGAGGGAGCUAGAUUAGAACACUGCAAGGAGCAGACAGAGGUCCACUAGCCCCUCAGCUUCCCCUUUCCUGGUGGUUAGUGACACAGGGAGAGUAUGCCAUCGACCUGUUUCUCUUUUCACCCUUCCCAAUAAUAUCCCUUUCUUUCUCUUUUCUCCUCCUUCUAGGGAUCAACCUGCAGAAGAAACAGGCCACAAACUAUAAGUCAGGAGAUGCGGUGCUCAGUCGACACGAAGCUGUUACUGCCAUGUGUUGGGGCGAUCCCUACGAGUCUGAGGUAAUGGGGUUGCCAACUCCUAAGGCAGCUGGCAGAGUUUAGGGGACUGGAUGCUGGGAAAGAAAAACGGGAUACCUCAUUGUAUGGGAAGCUGCCUUAUAGUGGGUUGGACUGUUGGUCCCUCUAGCUCAGUAUUGUCAAAAAAAAACCCCACAACCUUCCCACAAACCCAUUUAAAAGGGUGUAGAAUAUUAAUCAGCCAAAGGCCCAGCUAAAGGGAAAUAUUUUCACCUGAAGCCUAAAGAUGUAUAAUGAAAGACAAGCCUCCCUCACAGCUCCUUGUGCAUAAGAUCUAUGCAUCUAAGCCAUGGGGGAAUACUAACAGAAACUCUCCUGAAGACCUCAGAGUUUGAGCAGGGAUCAUGCAGUGCCUGAAGUAUCCUGGACUCAAGUUGUUGAGGAUCAGUACAAGAACGUUGAACCUGACCAAGAGUCAUGUGGGCAGCCAGUGCAAGCAUUUGGGCACUGGAGUUAUGUGCUAGCGAUAGUCUGUCACCACCAGCAGUCUAGAUGCAGUGUUUUGCACCACCCAGAGCCUCCGGAACAGGCCCAAGGGUAGCCUUUACAGAGUCUUCCUUGUAUUGUCUUUUGUGACUGGCAACGUCUCUCCAAAAGCUUUUCCUAUCCCCUGCGCUUGAGGGCAUUGUAACUUGCAAUGGCAGAGGUUUGAACCUGGAAUUUAUUUUUGCAUACAUUCUCUCACUGAGGUGCAGUCACCUCUCUGAAAGAAUGCAGCCAGGGAGGUGCACGUUUGUUUCUUAAUAGUUUCUGUUUUCUUUCCUUUUGUUUAUUCCCAGAUCUUUGUGGGAUGCCUUGAUGGAUCAGUCAGAUUGUUCAGUACUGAGAAGGGCAAGUUUACUGAGUCACGAGACUGUCUAGGAGGCGAGGGACCCUUUUGUGGCUUGGCUGUGCUUGACAAGUAAGUCUGAAUCCCUUCAAAUCCUUAGCCUUCAUCUACCUCAGGGAAAGGACAGGCUUCAUGCCACUUGAUAUGACGCCCAUGGAUUCAGCAGGGAUGAUCCUUGGGUGUUUGUACUUUAGAAUGCACUCUCUUGGGCUGCCACACACAUACGCACACCGAACGUCUGAGGUAGAACUACCAAAAGUACCCUCUGUGCCAGUCUCAGCACCUGAGAAGAUCUGUAGUGAAGGAAGCAAUCUUUCAGGUAUUUUGGGGCCUAAACCUCAGGGGUCCUAAUUGGCUUGUAAGACCAAUUUUCCCCUAGCCAUAGCCACCUGCCACAGGUGUGAGGCAGAUAAAGAUGUAUCUAUAAAGGAACAAUCAGGAACCUUAAUCUGUGCCAGCAUGGUUCAAAUUCAGAACCUUUUAAGUUUGGCACCCAGCAGGCCCCAGAGAUUGCUUCCACUUGGAGGUCCUGAGUGAUGCCCGUCGGCUGAUCAGUUGUGACUUCAAGCCCCCUUCCUGAUUGAACAUUGGCUGUUCAGCACACAAAUGUGUGUUCUUUUCACUGAGUUGUAGGAGGUAAGGCUUUGUGGGUUUAUUCCUUCCUUGGAAAGAAUUGCUACUAGCUCGUCUUAUGCAUUCUCCACAUGUAUGGUAAAUUAAUUUCUCUCUACCUCCCUCCCCUCUUAUCUCUCUUCCCUUUUCAUUCUUCAACCAAUUCCUACAGUUCCCUUAUCACCUGUGUACAGUCUGGUUUGCUGAAGGUCUGGCGGGAUGCUUCGUCGGAAAACGUGAGUCCUAUCUUGGUGUCUGAGGGAGGUGGGGAGGGGGAGAGAUGGGUUCCAGGCCACACAAUAGCCUUUUAAGGAGCCACAAAGCUUUUUAUUGUGUGUUUUAAUUUUUCUAAAUAUCUUUGCAGUCUUAAAUGCUAGAAACUUGUUGGGUUUUGUUUGCUGAAAGAGCUGAUAUGUUCAGGAAGUUAAAUUCUGCAGAUUGUAUCCCAUACUUGUUCUACUCAGGGUAGACCCAUUGAAGCUAAUGAGCUUAAAAGGUAAAGGGACCCCUGACCAUUAGGUCCAGUCGUGACCGACUCUGCGGUUGCGGUGCUCAUCUCGCUUUAUUGGCAGAGGGAGCCGGCGUACAGAUUCCGGGUAAUGUGGCCAGCAUAACUAAGCCGCUUCUGGCGAACCAGAGCAGCACACAGAAACGCCGUUUACCUUCCCGCUGGAGCGGUACCUAUUUAUCUACUUGCACUUUGACGUGCUUUCGAACUGCUAGGUGGGCAGGAGCAGGGACUGAGCAACGGGAGCUCACCCCGUCGCAGGGAUUCGAACCGUCGACCUUCUGAUUGGCAAGUCCUAGGCUCUGUGGUUUAACCCAUUUGAGUGGGACUCCACUGAAUAGAACUUAAUUGGUUUCAACCUAUGACUAUACUCCUGUGGAACUGCACCUUUUGCACAAAGCUACUGUAAAAUGACAACAUUUUUAAAAAAAACAAACAAAAACCCUACAACAUAAUUGUUGCUUUAUCCAUCCUUGCAGCAAAAGUGGAUUUCUCGCCACCCUCUUCAAUGUUGCAUAUUUUGGGGAGGAACUAAGAAUGAAAGCGGCUUCCCCAAGGCCAGUCAUAGCUACUUAGCUGAGGUUUAUGAACCUGCAUCUGGCAGGUCCUCAUGUUAGGUAGCCUGUCUACAUACAGAACCAUAGAAUCAUUGAGUUGGUAGGGACCCAAGGGCCAUCUAGUCCAGCCCCCUGCAAUGCAGGAAUCUCAACUAAAGCAUCCAUGACAGAUGGACACCCAACCUCUGCUUAGAAACCACUAGGAAAGGAGAGUCCACAUGUAUUUGUCUUGGCUUUGUACACCUCCACCACCAGCUCUAUCUCUUGCAUUGCAGCUGGAGGUCCAGGUGGGCCCCGGCGUGUGCCGCAUGCGCCAGAACCCGGAACAGCCUCACCGCGUGGCCACAGGCGGGAAGGAGAACUGCCUCAAGGUGUGGGACCUCCACCAACCACAGGAGCCCAUCUUCCGAGCCAAAAAUGUGAGUUUGCUAUACUGUGUAAACAGCCUGGGCUCCUUUCUCCUGUAUUAGUGCACGGAUAAGGGUGUAAGAAGAGCCCUGCUGGAUCAGGCCAAAGGCGCAUCUGGUCCAUCAUCCUGUGCCUGUAGUCCAACCAAAAGCUGGACUUGAACACAACAGUAGCUUUCCCCAUUUGCAGUUCUCAGCAGCUGCCAUUCAGAGGCACAUUUUGCCUCCAACUGUGGUAGGAGAACAACAUGGCUAGAAUCCAUAGAUAGCCUUUCCUCCAUGAAUUUGUCCAAUUCUCUUUAAAGGCCAUCCAAGCAGAUUCCAUAGUGCAGUUCAGGAAAGAUCUUUUUCCUUUUCAGAUUCUUCAGGAUGUGUAAUGUAUUGGAGAAUGGCAUACUCUUGCCUUCGUUCACGCCAUGCCUUGCCCUCUUGUCAACAGGUGCGGAACGACUGGCUUGACCUGAGGGUGCCUAUCUGGGACCGGGACAUGCAGUUCCUGCCUGGAUCAGAGAAAAUUGUUACCUGCACUGGACACCACCAGGUAGAAGCUGGGGAAGACAAAUAUCUCCACUACAUAUUUCGGAAAGUUGGGCAUUUGUUCUCUAUGCAUUUGGACAUCUCUUGAGAUAUCCUAACCAAAUUUUGCACAGUGCUUCCAUGUGUCCCUCGGAACAUUGUCCAGAAGGGCUGGAAAAGGUUCCCCAUCACUGCAUUAUAACAUUUGGGAGUGUUAUAGGGUGGUUGCUGAUGUUGUUGUUGGGUCUUUCAUAUGAGGAUGAAGACUUCUGCUCUUCAUCCUCUUGGUCGUCUUCUGCCUCCAGGUCCGGAUCUAUGACCCCAGCUCCCCACAGCGGCGCCCUGUGUUGGAAGCCACCUUUGGGGAGUACCCGCUCACUGCCCUCUCCCUGACCCCUGACACAAAGUGAGUUUCUCUUCUCCCCAGUGCUUGGAAUGAAUGAGUUUGGUUUAACAAACUUCAAUGGAUUAGUUCAAAGAUCACCCCCCUACACCUGAAGGCAGUUCCCAUAAUUGCCAGGUGAAUUAAAUGUGAAUGAAGUUUGUUUCAGGGUGGAACUUGUAACGAUUUCCAGUUCAUCUUCAAGUUCAUUCUAUUACAUGUGCUUUUCUACUUCAUAGAUUCCUUGGGCAUUUUAAGUUAAAGAUUAUAAUUGUUGGGGAAAAUAAGCUAAAUCAUUCACAUUCCACCAUGUUGUUGUUUUUUUGUUAGUCUUCUUAAGUAUAUUUAAUACUUUAGCAUAGCAGCUUGUAACAUUCUAAAUGCUGGAAAAAAUUGCUGAGGAUUAUUUGUGUGAACCUGGACUGAAUGAGAGCAGAAUUAUUUCAUAUUUUAAAGGGACAAAUGUGAACUGGAACUAGUUCCUUUUUAAAAAAUGAACUUUUCAAGCUCUGGAUACAAUCCCCAGCCUGCAGUGUCCUUGGCUGCUCACAGCUAAGGGCCUCAUGGAUGCUGUCCUGUUGCAAAAUUGGAAAUCUCUAAUUCCUCCUUUUUUCACUUACAGUGCUGUUGUUGUGGGCAGCUCGCGUGGGGAUGUGGCAGUAAUUGAUUUAAGGCAAGGUAAGUAAGAACCAGGAUGAUGGAGUGGGGAGGGGGUUUUGGAUCUGAGGAGAAUCUGGAAAGAGAGUUGCAGAGGAGCAAGGUGGGCUAAAAACAGAGGGCAGAAGGACAUACUGAUGUACAGCUGGAGAGGCAACUCUUUGAUGACGGGAAGGUUCUUUAAAGCAGGACAGACAGCAGCAUUUGGCCGGGCAAAAUUCUCCUGCUGUGUUUUUUAGUCAGAGGUUGUUGCCAGCCUUUGUGGCCACAUUUUCAAGCUGGAGUUAUAGACACCGCACUCUCACUCUGAAACUACACACACCCUUGUUCUGUGCGGCCUAUUCUGUUGGCUACAAGAUGGUUCCGUACCCCAAGGCAGACCAAGUGGGGAAACAUGAACCGUAGACCACCACCUCCCUUGGGUUCCUGUACUUGGAAUCUUGUAGUCUAUGAACCACAGCCAUGUGCAACAGACUUAAAAUUUCCUGUUUAAUUCUACACAAGUGGAAGAAAAACCUCACAGUUUUUUCUUCAAGUCUGCCUUUGCAACAAUAUCUUACUAUAUAAUAUAUUUGUAAGGCUGUCGCCAAGCUGCAGUUCACUACAUUCCAAAUACCACACUUGAGUAGUGUAGCCACACCAUACCUGCUGCCCUCGUAACUCAGCCAUUGUUGUCGUCUUGUGACAGGGCGGUUGCUGAAGUGCCUCAAAGGCUUCGCUGGGAGUGUCCGUGCCAUCCAGUGCCACCCUGUGCUUCCGCUGGUGGCCUCGUGCGGACUGGACCGCUUCCUUCGUGUGCACAACCUCCAGCACAAGCGCUUGGAGCAUAAGGUGAGGAGGAGCCCAACACGACAAUGUUGCUGGUGUUUGCAUAUAGAUUGUGGGGGAACCUCCCAUCAGCGCCAGCCAGAAUGGCCAACAUUCAGUAUUAGUGGGUGGUAUGAUUUUGGAUUCUCGACUCCCAUCAUCUCUGGCUAUUGGCCAUGCCAGCUGGGGCUGAUGAAGCUUGAGUUCAACAGUGGCUGGAGGAUAUCAGGAUGGGGCAAGCUGGUGGCCUCCUCUCUGCUGCUUAACUGAACUAUGUCUCUGUUACAGGUGUAUCUGAAAUCUCGAUUGAACUGCCUGCUGCUAACCAGCAGAGAAAAAUGGGAGGUGAGUCGAAGGGACCGAGGAGGAGGUAUUAUAAUUCCUGGUUGCCAUGAGGCUCUGAGCACGGAGCGGGAGAAGGGUGUGGGGAUUGUUCUCUCUAACAAGUUGAAUGCUUGCACAGAUGGAAGAUUGUGUAAUAGCACAUUUAAUUUCACCCUCAUACGUAAAAUAGGCAAUCAAAUGUGAUGGGUUGUAUCAUCUGUUAGUCUUACUGAGAGUAUACCUAUUAAAUUAACCAACAUUAGGGCCCAUUAAUGUCAGUGGACCUACUCUGAGAACAUAGUUAGGUGCCACACACUUAUUGUAACAGGAGACAUGAGUCAAGAAAUCAUGGGCAUGCCUGUGUUAAACAGGUGCCUCUUUAAAAGCCAGCAGCGUGCCAAUACAGAUGGGCACUCUCAUAUUUCAGCAGGGAAUGCAUUGCAUGCUACUGAUGCCACUAGGGAAGCCUGUAUUAAGGUGCAGAGACAUCCUUGAUCUUCUUUCUCCAGGAUGAAGGCGCCGACCCUUCAGCUGACCUCCAGAGUGACGUGAAAGAGGAGGAGGAGGAGGUGGACGAGAUCUGGAACUCAAUGGAAGUGGUUGCCGCCAAGCGGAAAGCAGAACGACAGCCGUUCUCUGACGUGGGGAGGGAUGCACCCCGAAGGGACAAGGGCCUCAAAAAGCCGAAGAUGAUUAAAAAAGCUGAAUCUUGAGAUCUGGGUGGGAGGGGGUUGAAAUGACAUUUGCCUUUUUAAUAACGAAGGAGGCAGGCAUCACCAAAGUACCUGAAUCUCAGCCUUGGACAUGGGUUUGCCACAAGCAAAGGCCUUGGCUGGUCAUGGGAGAAAAAGAGACAGAAACAUUGUGAGCUGCUUUCUGCUGUCUCGUAGGACAGGUUUGCCAUGGGGGGGGGGGGGCUUUUAACCUCAUAGCAGCCCCAGGUUAUUUUUUGGAUCUGGGGAGCUAGUGUGGCAGGAAUGUGAAGUUUUAUAGCAGGGGCUUCAUUUCAAGAACCUUAUGGAGACAACACAUUUCCCCCCUGCAUGUUUGAAAUUCUCCAUUUUCCUUCUCUCAUUUUGGCUGCUGUGCAGUUAAGACCGCUUGAAGCUGUUAAAAAGUACCUUCUUGCACAAUA